CAGAAACGUCAGUUAUAUUUAUGCAAGCCAAUAUACAUAUCAGCAAAUAACACGCGCAUUAGUCAAUAUGAUUACCCUCCCCACCCCCAACAAAGUGCCCGACAGCCAGCUAAAACCCAUGCCUGUGCCCGCAGAGGGGAGGGAAGCGCUUGGCGACGUGGAGCGGCCACGUGGAGCGGACCUGGGGCGGGGACCUACCCGCGGCUGCGGCAGCGGCAGGCAGGCGAGACAAAGCUGAGGAGCUCUAUCCAAGAGAGCGCAAGAACGCACGCAGCAGGUGAGUCUGGAGCCUGUCAGGACUCUCCGAGCUCGGCAGAUUCAGAGAAGAUGUUGUCCUUGUCAUUGCUGCAGUGGCUGCUAGCUUUGGGUCAGGCUGCUCCCAAGGAUGGGGCUACCAGGACUCAGGCUGAAACCAGACAUGAUCUGCAGUCUAACCCCUUUCAGUCAGGUCCAGAGCAAUUUCGUUUGCUGCGGAACUAUCUGAUGGGACUAGGACACGCCUCUGGGAAUCUAGAGCACAUAAGCCGAGAACAGGUGCUAUUAUAUCUCUUUGCACUCCAUGACUUUGAUGAGAGCAGACAGCUGGAUGGCUUGGAGUUGUUGGCUAUGCUGAAAGAAGCUCUCUUUCCUGGGGCCAAUGCUUCGUCAUCUACGAAUCAGGUGAUCCAAGUAAUAGAUAAAGUGCUGGAAACUCAGGACCUGAACAGAGAUGGGCUGGUGUCACCUGCAGAGCUGCUUGUCCUUCCUGGAGAUACUUUGAGUCACCAAGGGCCACAGGAGUCCUCUGUUGCAAUUCCUGGAGACUCAGGAUUUGUUAAUAGGUCUGCCAUGUUGGCUACAGAUCCAUUAGAGCAAACUAUUAGGGAGCCAGUGAUCCAGGAGGGAGUCCUGGGCCCUGGAGGGAAAGUUGUAAGGAAGGCCAUAGAUCCUGGGCAGGAGGCUAGGAGCCCAGGGGAGAACUCAGGCCCUGAAGAGGAUGGAAGGAAGGUCACAGAUUCUGAGCAGGAGGCCAUAGGAGGUCAGGGAGUGGAAGUGGGAUACCAAAGAGAAGCUUCAGAGGUUACAGGCGCUGGAGAGGAGGUUGAGGAAGGGGUUGAGACUGUUGUAACUGAAGGGGAAAUCUUGGAGCCAGGAGAGAGUUUGGAGCCCAAAGAAUUUCCUGAUGGGUUUGAAGGUCAUGUAAUUCAGGUGGAGAAUGAUGAAAUGUGAGUCUUAGGGAAUUAGGUCAUAGUCCUGGAAGCCUUAAUCCCCCAUGAA